AAGCGCCGCAUAGCUUGCACUCAACCAUGUCCCGUCGACGCGUAUCUUAUUACUACGAUAGUGAUGUUGGCUCGUAUACCUACGGUUUGGGACACACCAUGAAGCCGCACAGAAUGAAAUUGGCUCACGACCUCAUAUCUGCCUACGAUAUGCUGGACAAGAUGCAUGUUAUCAGACCAAGUCGCUCAAACCCGGAAAAGAUGACUUCAUUUCAUACAGACGAGUACAUUCAGUUUCUGGAGAGAGUCACCCCAGAGACAGUUGAGGAGCUCACAUAUCGUGGUACUCGUUUUUUGGUUGGAGAGGAUAACCCUGCUUUCGAGGGCCUUUUCGAAUUCUGCUCGAUCUCGGCUGGUGGUUCUAUCGCAGCUGCGCAACGGAUAUCAUCUGGAGCAACGGAUAUUGCUAUUAAUUGGGCUGGCGGGCUUCACCACGCGAAGAAGAGUGAAGCUUCAGGUUUCUGUUAUGUCAACGACAUAGUUCUAUGCAUACUCGAACUCCUCCGGACGUAUCCUCGUGUCCUUUAUGUCGAUAUUGACUGCCAUCAUGGAGAUGGUGUGGAGGAGGCGUUUUAUACCACUGACCGUGUUAUGACGUGCUCUCUGCACCGUUUUGGAGACUUCUUUCCGGGAAGUGGGUCUUUGGAUGAUAAGGGUACGGGUCGGGGAAGAGGGUAUGCUGUGAAUGUGCCGUUUCGGGAUGGAAUUACGGACGAGUCGUUUUUGGGUGUUUAUAUUCCAGUUAUGGAUAAGAUCCUUGACGUCUUCCGCCCUUCUGCUGUGGUACUCCAAUGCGGUGCUGAUUCCCUUUCGGGAGAUAAACUUGGGGGGCUUAAUCUGUCGAUGGAAGGUCAUGCGAGAUGUGUUCAGUAUUUCCGUGACCAGAACGUUCCACUCAUCUUACUUGGUGGAGGAGGGUAUACUGUGAAGAACGUUGCUAGGGCUUGGACGUAUGAAACUGCAUGCGCAUUGGGGAUUGAAGACUCUAUCGACCUUAACUUGCCUUACAGUCCGUACUUGGAGUGGUUUGGGCCAAGGUAUCGUUUGGAAGUGUUGAGGAGCAACAUGGAGGACAUGAAUGUGAAGGAUGGAUAUUUGGACAAGAUCAGGACGUUGGUACUGCAGCAGUUAUCCGAGUUGCCUUGUGCGCCUUCGGUGGGGUUGCACUAUGUGCCCUCUGAUUCCAUCGGAACACAUACGGGCUUAUAUUUGCACGAGAGUGAGGAGGGUGAACCUAUGGACGAACUUGAUCGCAAACUAGCUCAACACGCACGAUAUGUAUAUAGGCUUCAAGCGCAGUUCGACGCAUCCGAUUCGUCUUCUUCGUUAAACAGCAGUGACUCUGAGGAUAAUCCACGCAGCGCUAUGCGCAUGCCGACAGUAGUGUCCAACUCGAAUCGCCGUGGAAUAAUGAGCAUAUCAACUAACGAAUAUACACAUGAAUAUGUGCCUGACAAAGGGACGUAUGUGCCGAUAUUCAAUACCUCCAGACGAAGGUUCUUUGCGAAACGGAGAGAAAGUGGGGGUGACGAAGAUGAGGAAAUGGGAAUAGAUUAG